AUGAUGGCAUUGCCCCUUCUUAGCUGCUGUGCUCCCUUUACUCUCACGGCGGGGGUCAUCCUCUUCACACUUUCCGCCUUCAUGCAACACAGGAACUGGACUUUUGAAGUUCUUGCAGCAAAGGAGGGAUGGUCACUGGAAGAGAAGUCCGCAUGCUGCCGCAACGCCGCCAUUUUUUACGUUAUUCUGUCCACUGUGUUGUGGGUGGCUCUUGGCCUUACACAUCUAUCUGGAAAGAAAGCACGGAAGGAGCAUCGAGGCGAGUUUCUUCCAGCCACUACUGUCGCUGUAGAAGACACUGCUGGUGAUGGGGGUGACAACAGCGACAGGAUGGGUUACCGCCGCCACCGCGAGGAGGCGCCGCUCCUGCAGAGAAGUGCUCUCUAA